GCCACAUCCCUGCCCCGCCGACCUUUGCGGGGAACGUGGAGGACGAGCCCUAUACUGCUUGCGACAUUACCGUCGCCGCCUUGGAGCUCGAGGAGGUGGACGAUGAGCGCUACAACACGGACACCGGGAUUCAGCAGCUCCUUGAUGAUCUUGAGAUCAGCUUCGGCGAGCGCGAGCUGUUUCGUCGCGGAGGACUGAUCCGCGAGUUCAGACUCUAUGAGAGGAAGCUCAAAGACGCUCAGGUCCCGCCCUAUCCGGACGAGACACGAGCGUUCAAGCUGCUCGAUGGUCUACGCCUUGACGAGCGAGCCACUUCGCAACUGCUCCUAGCUGCCGGCAAUCGCUACAGCUUCCAAGCAUUGGUUGAAGCGAUCCACAUCCAAUAUCCAGCAGGGCUGACGUUGACGGGGAUGUCGCGACAUCCAGUCCCUGUUCACGUCGCUUCAGCUCCACGACAUCGAGGCCGAGGACAUCAACCUCGAGGUCGAGGACGAGGCGGAAGUUUCCGCUGGAAAACAUGGCACACUGAUGCCAUGCCAGUGGACGACGACCAGGUCUUCAUGACUGCCGGUGAUGAAGCCCAGCAGUAUGAGGACGACCCGAACGACGACACCUUCGACUAUCAGUUCGCGGACUAUGAUGAGCAGGCUGAAGACUACACAGCCGCUCCAGAGGAGUUCGAGCCUGAGGAACUCCCCGAGGCCGGCGAUGACGCUGGCGAUGAACACCAGGCCAUGACGGCCACAAGCAAGCGCCUGGCUGCGACCGUGCAGUCAAGGGGCUACUACACCACUGUCAAAGACAAAGGCAAGGGCAAAGGCCAUGGAAAAGGUGCUGGCAAGGACAAGGGCUUCGGCAAGAAGGGAGCUACAUCCUCUUCUUCGCCUACGACCACUUCCAAAGGAAAAGGGUCCGGCAAGUCCAAAGCCGGUUCAAAGGGUGGGAAGUCCAAAAUGAACCCCACUCAGAGACAGCGUAUGCAGGCCAGCCUUUGUUUGGGCUGCGGAGCCUCAGAUCACUGGCUUCAAGAAUGCCCACAUGUCACACAGCACCAGGCCCAUGUGUGUUCAGCUUCAUCGACCUUGGAUGGAGACGGCACGGUGGUUUGGAUGACAAGUCACAACAAGAUGCCAGGUUGGCAGCCGGAGUCACCUCCUUCAUCUUCGGCACCUUCAACUUUGAGCCGCCGAGAUGAGGAAGAGCCACCACCGCCUCCUCCAAGGCGGGAACUGCCGGCAGAGGACGCUCUGCCGCCUUGGGAUGCUUUGAUCCCUGAGGGCAUGAACCCGGAUGACCAUGCUGACUAUGAGGACGGCAUGGCCUUUUGGAGGCACAAAACUACAUCGCGCUAG